CUUGCCAUGCUCCAACACCUCGGAACACUCGAACCUACUUCAGUGAAGAAGAUAUUCUCCCUAAUCAGCAGGAGUGGAGCUUCAGGAUGGAGCAGGAGGAGCCACAGCCCCUCCACAUUAAAGAGGAACUGGAUGAGGAGCCAAAGCUGCCUCACGUUAAAAAGGAAGAGAUGGAGACACAGCCUCCCCAUCUUAAAGAGGAGUCUCACAGCAUCAGUCAGGAGGGAGAGCAUCUUGAAGGAUUGGAGGAGUUUAGAGCGAUUGUGAAGAGUGAAGAUGAUGAAGACAAAGGUGAAAGUGAGGAGAAGAGAGAGGUGGAACCUCCAAGCAGCAGCUCAACUCAACACAUGACAACAGAAGCCGAUGGAGACCACUGUGGAGGAUCACAAGCAGACAACCUCUUAUCUCCACUAUCAGAUAGUGACGACACAACGUCGCACUCUCCUGACACUGAUGAUAAAGACUCUAAAGCUGAUAUGACAUGUCACACUGACAACACACACUUUAAAUGCUCUCACUGUGACAAAACCUUUAGCUUCAAGUCACAUUUAAAAAGACACAUGAUGAUACACACAGGAGAAAAACCCUUUCUUUGCUCAGCGUGUGGUAAAAGAUUCUCUCGCAAAGUACAUUUGACAGCACACACAAGAAUACACACUGGAGAAAAACCUUUUUCUUGUUUAGCAUGUGGUAUACGAUUUGUACGAAAUCAUCAUCUGAAAAUACACAUGAGAAUACACACUGGGGAAAAACCCUUUCCCUGUUCACUGUGCGGUAAAAAAUUCACUAUGAAGUCAAAUUUGGAUCUACACACAAGAACUCACACUGGAGAGAAACCUUUUACCUGUUCGGCGUGUGGUAUAGGUUUAACGCGAAAAGAUGAUUUGAAAAAACACACGAGAACACACACUGGAGAGAAACCUUUUACCUGUUCAGCAUGUGGCGUUGGUUUUGCUCGAAAAGGUGAUCUGAAAAAACACAUGAGAAUACACACUGGAGAGAAACCGUUUGCAUGUUCGGCAUGUGGGAUACGUUUUGCACGCAAAGAUCAUUUGAAAAAACACAUGAGAAUACACACUGUGGAGAAAGAGUCACAUUGAAGUGUGUGUGUGAUGAAAGAUUCUCUUAUAUGUACCACCUUAGCAUUCUUUCACACAUGAACAUGAUGCACGUUAAACAAUUAAAGUGGAAAUUAAAUU